CUCUGUCUCUUCUUGUUGCAGAGUAUGAGGGUUGUGUCCUAACGGAGGAGGCACUGCAAAGGCAUAGAUUUUACGAUGUUGCAGAGGAUUCUAAAAACAUCUACGAUACAACUCUUCGGCAUGCCGAAAGAAAGGACAUGAAUGUGAUCUGUAAAGAUCCAGUAAAACAACCACAAAACACUGUUUCGACUGUUAAUAUUCGCUGUUCCAACAAGAAUGUUUUCAUUUACGGCAUUCAUGAGGUCUGUAGAAUAGUGCAACAAUGUGAUGCUUACCAAGAGCUUGGCUUGAAUCUAAAAGCUACCCAAGUGGGAAAGAGUGCUACCCUUAAAUGCCAGGAUGGCUAUAGACUGAACCCAAGUGCGAUGCAGCCUUAUAGAACUCAAGGCACUACAGUACUAACUAUCCCAUGUACAAGUGAUGAUGCGCAUAACAAUGGCUUCACUGUUAUCGGGACAUUGUGUUUCAAAAAGGGUAAGUGUGACCGCAGAAGCAUUGCCAAUGGAUAUCUGCCAGAGACAUCUAUCGAUCAAGCCACUGCUGCUACUUGCAACUUUGGUUUUGUACCCACUAGUGUCACCGUAAUGUGUGACAAUGACAAUGGAUGGGAGAAUACCAAUGAAAUUCUGUGUGAACGCAAAUGCGCUGCCAACGGGGUCUAUCCCACAAUGAAAAAUGGAGAGAAAAAUAGAGCUCCUGUCUGUGGAAAUCUAAUACCCGUUCCCGACGUUACUAUCGAGUGCUUCAGGAACUUAUUUAUUGUCCUGAAGAACGGCUUGCGUUAUUCAGGCCCACUUUGUAAACCCAACCAGACUGGUGAGUUAGUCUUCCUAGUGCAUGCUGUUUGA